AGUAUAUCAGCGUUUAGUUAAGUUUCUGUAACUACUGGUGAAGGAGUAACAACUGUUGCAAUAUGAAACUCUCUAUAUUUUUUCUGAUUGCGGUGCCUGUUUUGAUCUGCACCAAAUCGGUGCAAGCUGGCUAUAACUAUAUAGGUUCUUAUGAAUAUCCAGAAACUCAACACCACAAACAUUCAACUCAAAAGCAUCAUCAUAGACAUACUUAUGACGAUCCUGAAACCUAUAAUGCUUUAAAUCGCAACAGCAUUUAUCGUAAUGGUGAUCAUGUUGUGGUUCACAGUCAGCGCUCCCAUAAAGUUUAUAACGAUAUAGAAAAGGACACAACAUCGGUUAUAGUAAAAGAUGACAAUGGCAAUGUCCAGCAAUCAACACAGGUCUAUAUCUCGAGCAGAAGAGAUUGAAAAGGGAUAAGAAUAGCUGAUGAAGGGUGUUAACAUUGUGUUUUACGUACAUCUCUUAUAAAUCCCUUAAAUUUUAAAUUUGUAUUACCCAUUUUAUUUUUGAAACAAUAUAUUUUUAAUAAAUUUUAAUUUUUCCAAAAAAAAAA